ACCAUAGCACUCAAUCUAUUAAGCUUCCCCUGUUUUCUUCACUCAUUUCUUCUCACUCACUUUCACAAAUAGCAUUUUUUUCCCUUCUCUAUUCACUCUGUCUGUACAAGAUCUUAAAAAUAUGGCUUCCAUCUCUUCUCUGAAUCAACUCCCUUGCAAAACCCUCCAAAUCACAUGCAAAUAUUCAAAACCCACCUCAAAAAUCUCAACUUUCCCAUCAAAAACAGAAGUACACAAACCAAUUUCAAUCAAACAAUCCACAAACCCAAAACCAAGAUUCACAGUACAAGCAACAAAAUACGACCAAGAUGACGAGUGGGGUCCAGAAGUAGAACAAAUAAAGCCAAGUGGAGUAGCAGUUGCAGAAGAAGAACCGCCAAAGCCAAAGGAACCUAGUGAAAUCGAUUUGCUGAAGAAAGAAUUGACAGAUGCUUUUUAUGGAACAAAUAGGGGUUUGAGUGCUAGCAGUGAGACUAGAGCAGAGAUAGUUGAACUUAUUACUCAGCUUGAGUCCAAGAACCCAACUCCAGCACCUACUGAAGCGUUGACUCUUCUCAAUGGCAGAUGGAUACUUGCGUACACAUCUUUUUCUGGUCUGUUCCCCUUGUUGUCCAGGGGCAAUCUACCUCUGCUUCGCGUCGAGGAGAUUUCACAGACCAUCGAUUCCGAGAAUUUUGCUGUUCAGAACUCUGUUGUCUUUGCUGGACCUUUGACUACAACUGAAAUUAGUACCAACGCCAAAUUCGAAGUCAGAAGUCCUAAACGUGUCCAGAUUAAAUUUGAUGAAGGCAUAAUUAGAACACCCCAGUUGACAGAUUCAAUCGAGUUUCCCGAGAAUGUCGAAUUCUUGGGGCAAAAGAUUGAUCUAAGCCCCUUCAAAGGCUUGAUUACUUCAGUCCAGGACACAGCUUCCUCAGUGGCAAAGUCCAUUUCAAAUCAACCACCAAUUAAGUUUCCUAUUUCCACCGACAGCGCACAAUCGUGGCUGCUUACAACAUACUUGGAUGAUGAGCUUAGGAUUUCCAGAGGAGAUGCAGGCAGUGUUUUUGUGUUGAUCAAGGAAGGCAGUCCCCUCUUGAAGCCUUAAAGAGACAUGCCCUUGUAUGAUCCCAAUAUAGAAGAGCAAACAAUAGAAUGGUAAAAAACAAAAGAUGAUGUAAACUAAAAAUAAUUUAAAUCAAACUCUAUAGAUGGUUUGGUCUCCUCAUGAUUUGUACCUGUGGUAUAUCAAAUAUUGAAAAAUUAUAGCUUGAAGCAUAUGAA